AUGCCAGCAAUUAUCACUGGGGAUCAAACAGACGGUCGGAAAAAUGACCAGUUUAGCUCAUCUCUGCGAUCACGAAGAGAUACUUUGAGGAAGAGUUCUACUGAAGCAGAGGCAGAGUGUGAGAGAAGUUAUGCCUUAGCAGAAAAUUCAAUUGAAGCCAAUAGAAUUUCAAACAAUUAUAAGGUAAUUUCUUAAUCACAAAUGCCUCUGGAUAACUCUUUAAAAUCAAGGUAAUCUCAUGUUUAGUUCUUGUCUUGUUACAGACUAGAAAAUAAAAAAAUAAAUAAUAAUAAAAAAGCUUUUAAAAAAGACAGGUUUAAAAUCACUAAAGAAAAAGAGAACAAUUUUCUUAAAAUUCAUUCUUUAAAGAAAGUCUGUGCAGAAGGGUUUGGUUAGUUAUGCACUCUAUGAAGCCCAAGUAUUUUUUUAAAAAAUAAAUAAAAGAAAUAGAAAUGUGUUUUGUUUUCUUUUAUUUUUGAAAAAACUUUCUGCACUUUCUUUGCUAAUGAAUUUUAAGAACAUUAUUUUCUACUUUUAAGUGGACUUAAACUCUUCUUCAAACUAAGUCUUUUUAAAAAAAGUUUAAAAAAUUUUUUUUUAAAUUUUAUAUCAAUAUUGUUUAAUAUGAAAAUUUUAAACUGUAAAUCAUGUGUGACAACUACAAAUUAGGCUGCAAUGUUACAAACAUACAUCCCCCAUGGAUUUGCUAGUAGAACAAAAAAUCUUUAAAAAUGAUCUAUCCGAUUUUCUUAAUUUAUAAAAAGCCGCCUCCCCACACCGUCCUAUUAUCUUUCUGCCCACAUAAGUUUUUCAUAAAGUAUUACGGCCCAUCUUACAUUUUGAGUUGUGCAGGUCUGCUUUAAAGAGCUCAGUUAAAUACCUUUUCAUUAUACUAUCAUACAAACCAUACCAGCAAAAAAAUUAUGAUCUGUAAAGUGCAGACCUGUUUACCCCUAUGCUUUCGCUGUAGUAACUAUGUUUUAAAGCCUAAGACUAAGGCACCGUGACGAGCCUAUUCAAACUACUGAUUCUGUUUUUAUUUGCUUGUUUGUUUUAUUUUAAAUUUUAAAAUUAGGUUAUGCAAUCAAAUAAGAAUAACAGUGAUUGGGGUCUCGAUCUCAAAGAACCAACCUAUUUCUCUUUUAGAGUAUUGCAUUAUGAAUACUUAACUGCCAGUGUGCAAGCCUAAGACCUUUUCUCUUCCUAAAGAAAAAAAUCAGAGGACAAUAUGCUAUAUACUUAUUUGUGUUAACUUACAUAAUCAGUGGAGUGGAUUUUCUUACACAACUUGUAUUUUGAUUGCAUACAACACACACACACACACCCAAUUGACCAAAAUACUCUUUGGAGCUUGAAACUAUAUCUUUGAGAGCUGAAAACUACUGUGACAUUAACCCAAGAGUAAACAGGCCUGAAAGUGCUAUCUGCAUCAGCAGCUAAAUUCAAACACAUUUCAUGUGGUUAAUCUAUACAAUUCCCAACUCAUUAGUCAUAGCUGUAUGCAACAAUGAAUACAUUAACAUCUAAAAUUCUGUGUUGUAGAAGUUUAUGUUGUCAACCAAGAACUAAAAACACUAGUGUAAAGUUUAAAUGUUUUCUAUUAUUUGAAAUAUAACAAAAUGAGCAAAAUUUCAAAAUGUUUAGAUUUUCAGUGUCAUUAGAUUUAUGAGUUUACAUCACAAUUUAACACUUUUUAUUCCAAGUACUGAGUUUGAAGUUAAGAUUUUAUAGUAUCCUUAUAUGUAAAGUGGUAAGCCUUCUUAUUAAUUUGUUUGGUAUUAGUAACCAUAAAUUAUCUGAAUGUGAGAUUAGUGAUGUUGUGUUCUUAAUAUUGUUGCCUUAAGAUAAAAAACCUGCAUGUAAAUUUUUUCAAAAGACAAGAUUCUUCUCUGAUUAUUGGCAUUUAAAUGAGGCAUAUACACACGCCUGUGUACGUGUGGUAUAGCUGUACCUAAUGUUUUCAUUUUCAUUAGUGCGUGUAAAAUGUUACAUCAUUAAUUUACAAAAAAAUUCAUUGAUUAAUUUUUUUAAUGUUUUGUUGCACAUGUGUGUAGAUCUUUUGCACAAAAGAACUGUUCAGUUCAGAGAAAAUUUAUAUAAAGUCCACAGCAAACACAAUCAGUGUGUGAAACAUUUCAAAACUCACCGCAAAUUUACUUUCUUCCCUCAGUCGCUAAGACAGAAGUACACUGAGACAAUACUCAUAAAUAAAACAGUUCUAAUUAAGAAUAUCUUAAGAAUGGGAAUGAAUGUUACUGGAGCUAGUGACUUUUAGAUACCUUUUAACAUUUUAACUCAUUUCCCCUUCGGGUUCAUGCCCUAGAUAAGGUUAAAUCUCUCCUUUUUUUCUUUAGAAAAGUAAUCUUCUUUCAGUUUAUUUUUUUUGUAAAGUUCUGUGUUAGGUUAACAUAUUUGAAAAGUAAAUUAAAACAAAUAUUUCGUCCUUUUUUAGUUCGGCUUCAAGAAAUGGAAAGGUCAUGUGACAGCCCGUCCACUUAUGACUCGUUCUGAGAUUGUUCAAGAUCUAUAUUCAGAUAUCAGCAAGUUGCAAGAAGUAAAAGGUCUCAUGUAACAUAAAUAUUUUUAGCAUGUAUUGAAUGUUAAAGAAUAGUUUUGAAAGAGUAGAGCUGAAAAGAAAAAAAUUAAGUUUAAAACAAACAAAAAAUCAAUCUCUUUUUAGACACUUAAGAAAGGUACAAAAAUGUCAUUAUAGAAAAAUUGCAUUUUUUUGUAAUUUUAUAACUUAUGAUUUAUUUCAAAUUUUGUUUUUGGCAUGUAAAAAUUAAAGAAGAAAUUUAUAUUUGCUUAUUUUUUUGUUAAUACUUAAAUAUAACUACAUAUUUAACAUGCAAUAAUAGAUUUGAACAAAGUAGGGAAUAAUGUUGAGUAAUUAAUGUUUAAUUUUUUUUAAAGAACAAUCUUUAAGUUUAAGUUAUUAUUUUAAAUCAUUUCUCCUUCUAAAGUUUUUAACUUAUUAAACUUUUGUCAUCAACUCAGUGUCCACCUUUGGAGUAUUUAACAUCCUAUACACCCUGUUGUUUGGCUGGUGGUUGUCUCUUGCCUACAUCCUUAUUGGAAUGAUUAUGGCUCUUACCUUUGUGGGUCUGCCAUAUGGUAAGAAUUUUAAAUGUUUAUUACAUUUUAAGUUGGAUUUUAACAUUUUUUUUUUUACACAUAAAUUCUCAUUUGUGCAUUUAAAUAUGUGCACUGUGGCUUAAAUGCUUUAAGAUUUUUUAAAUAUAUAUAUAUACAAAAGGGAAAGCAUUUUAGGCCGUUGAUCUGUACAUUAUUACUGUCAGCAUGAAAAUAUUAUAUGAUGUUAUGCUUUUUACCUUUCAGCUAAGUUCUCUUGGAGAUUGGCUGAUUAUUUUUUCUGGCCCUUUGGAAAGUAUGUCUACCAGGUAGGUUUAAUUUUUAUUAUACUAAAUUUCAACAAAGAUUCAACAAAUUAGCAAAGUUUUGAAUAGUAUAAUUUUCAGUUUUCAAUCACAACAAACACAUUACCAACAUGAAUAGAAAUUAGCAUAUAACUUUCAUUUUUUUUAAUGACAAUUUUCUGAGACAGCAGUGUCCAAAAGCUGCAUCUAUUUUGCUUUGGUGAUUUAGGGCCAUAAUUAAUGCCAUAUUAAAAAUGUAUGAUUUAGAUAAUAAAUGUUUACCUUGAAAGUUAUUAUCAUCAUGCUUUAACUAUUACUCUUGUUUGUUGCAAGGUGCACACUUCGAAGAAGCCUGUAGUUUCUUACAAGAAGGCGAAUGAAAAAGUGGAUAGCUUAGAUGGACAGUUUCUAAGAGAUGGUUUAGGAGAAACAAGUUCUUUGCUAGACCAUCAUCAAAAGAGCAAAGAGAAAGAACCAUGCUGCUGGGGAUUCUGGGUAAAAAAAAAAGAAUCUUAAAAUAAACUUAAUUCAAGCACUUCAGUGACUUUUAUGUGUUGAUCAACUAUACUUGAAUCAAAUAAAGUCAAAUUAAAAAUAAAUUAUAAAGUAAUAGCUGGCAUAUAAGGAUAUUAACUAGUUAUCAUUUAGUGUUAUUAGAGAUCUGGCUAACAGCAUUUUGCAAAUAAUUAAGGAAUAUGUAUGGUAAUUUUAAAAAUAGCACUUUUUUUACUUUUGAAACUAUUUUUUUACAAGUCAAAAGCAAAAAAAUACAAAUUUAAUGUUUCCAUCUUUAAGGAAAAACCAGCUUCAUAUAUUUGGCUGGUACUUGGGAUACCUCCUAUUUUUGUAGUGCACUCUAUUGUAUGGCUAGUCUCUUGGUUCUUUGUUAUUUCCAUACCAACCGCAAAGGUGAGACGUAAUUCUAACUUAACCUGUAUAUAUUAUAACUAAUUACCAUUCUAUUCUGACCAAAAUUGUCUAUUUAUAGUUCUGUUAUUUAUGAAUUCCCUUUUAUAGAUGGUCAACAAAUUAGUAACUAUGAAUAAUAUUAUUGAGAUCAUUUUCUGUUUUGUUUGAUAUUUUUACAAUUUUUAUUUAAUAAAAUAUUUUAUUGCAAAGUUUUUUUCUUCCAAACUUAAGAAACCAGAAAGAUAUUAACAUUUCUUAAACUUAAAAAAAAAAAUCAAAGCACAAUUUGCCUAAUGCAUCUACUUCUGCAAUAAACUAAAAAGGCUGAAGAUUUGUGUUAAUUUUUACAUAUAUUUUUCACCACUACAGCUCAACAGUAAAGCCAUGACCAAAAUUCUUUUCCUGCCUCCUGAUAGUGUGAAAAUUUUAAAUACAAAUUAUGCUAACAUUGUGAGUUACUUUAUUUUAUUUUGCUUUUGUUUUGUUGCUAACUCAAAUUCAUCAUUUAAGAAUAUGAACAUAUUGUUGCAGUUUACUUAACUUUGUCAGUUUUCAUAAUAAAAUAAUUAAGAACAAUUUUGUACUAUAACAAUUGGAUCCACCCAUAGAUACUUACUGCGAUAUGUGUCUGUAUUUAAUUACUUUGAUUUAAGAAACUGUAAGUAAUACAAAUUUGUAAAAUUUUGAAACGUUGUCAAUAAAAUUUACUUGUACUUGUGGUAAGAUUUAAGUCAUCCAAAAUAAUUGUGUAAGUGAAACAGUAAUUUGAUAAAUUUUAUUAACAUCUAUUCUUAAAAAAACUGACAUUUUCACUUUUAAAAUUGGCCAUUUCUUUGCUGUUGAUUUUGUGUCUUAUGACAUUGAGACAUUUUACAGAAACAUAAUGCUUCCUUCAUUUGGUCUUUGAAUCACCUGCUCAUUUACUUCAUUACUUACUUAACCAUCACAUUUAACUUUCUCCCCUUACCAGGAUGGCAGUGGUCAAUUAAGUGAGAUCAUCAUGUACUCACAUCAAAGUGUCAACUUAUACUAUUACAAGUACACUGUGGAUGGGGUCAAUGUUAUCUUGGCCAGUAUCCUUUUUUUCUCGCCUGUCCAAACCAUGUCUUUUUCUUUCUUUAGUCUGUAGUUACAACUCCAUUGCAAUGUUUUUCUUAAUCAUAAGAUUUUUUUGGUAGUAUAAUUAAUACAACUGCUAUUUUUUAACAUUCAAAUUCUUCAAUGUUACCUAUCUUUUCUCUCAGAAAAAAAAAAAUUUGAGGUGUAAACAAUUUUUCUAUGAACCAAAAUGGUCAAUGAAUAAACAAUACUUUUGGAAUAUUUUGUAUUAGCAGCUCAAGUGAAACAAGAGCCUGUGGAAUAAAGAAACAAAAUUUUAAAAGUCUACUUUGUCAAGCAUGGAAUACCAUUAAAAUUAUUUUGCUAAAAACACCCUUGAGUGAAAAGGGACAAGAGUUAUGGUCCAUUCAGUUGGAAAGAACUUAAUUUAUAUCAAAAUUACUUUUUGGAUUUCUUUUCUUCCUCCGCCUUUCUUUCACCAACAAAUAAGUUCUGUUAUCGCUAAUUAACUCAAUGACCAAGAUUUGCUGAUUUUUGUAAUUUUGUCCAUUGUUAUUGGAUACGCUGUGGAUGACAGCAUCAUCAGUGGAGUAACAGUAAGUGCGACUGGAUGUUUUAAUAGAUGCAGAUGAAAAGUAAUGUGUUGCUAUGUCCGUGUUACAUCCAGAAAGUCUCAACACCCGAGAAAAAUAUAAUUACUGCCACUGGCCUAACUGAAAAUAUUAUUUUUUUUUUAGAGAAAAACGAUUAAUUAGUUUUCUCUACAUAUAAGGGCCAGGUCUGGACUUGGAAUUGUUAAGGGCCCCAAGCUAUAGAAAGUCCAUAGGCUAUAGAAAGUGCAGAUGACCAAAGCUAUAGAAAGUGCAGGGCCCCCUGUCAUUUUAAAUUAUAUCAGGUCAAAGAAAUACUUUAAAUAUAGUGAGGUCCUCAGCUGUAGCUUAUAGAUAAACCUGGCAUAGAUAAGGGUGCAUCUAAUUAUUAAGGUCAAGUAAACUUAAUUUCUUUAUUGUUCAAUUUUAGAUAGUUCCCACUUUGUGUGAUUUAUCCAAAAAGAGUUUCUAAGAAACUUUUAAAUUUAAAAAAAUGAAAUGAUAAGAACGUGGAGGUUACAUUAAUACAUCACCUGAACAAUGACUGAGUUAUGACAUCAUCUCACUGAUAUGGAUAUUUCACAUGGAAUUCAUCUCCAAACAAGUGUUAUCAUUUGUUGACAGUUCUCAGCUGUCCAUCUGAUGAUGUAAUGUACUUCAAGAGUUGGAGUGGUUUAUAAGUGAGUCAUCAAGAUAAAAAGAUUUGAACCUACUUAUUGUAUCAGAAGUGGAAUUUUUUUUAUCAGAGGUGGAGCAUUUCUUAUCACUAUUUGAAAAGUCUUAUUGAAUUUUAAAUAAGACUGUUGAUUUCAUGUCUACAUGUUCAACUCUGAUUUUAAGUGAGUGAAAAUUCUUGUACAGUUUAAAACAAAAAAGCAGCACUGGAAUAUUUCCUUUGUUUUCACACUGAUAAAUAUUGUGAGUUUUCUAAAGCAUUUAAAGGAGAUUAGUUGCUUCUCCAGCUUAUCAGAGACGCCACUGACCAAUUUUUCUUCCCAAUAUUUUUGUAUUCUAUUUUUUUUCCCUCCUAAUUUUUGUGUGUGCUUGAAUAAGUUAAAUGUAUAGUCCAUUUGUUUUGCUUUAAUAAAAUAGGACAAUCUUUAGCUGAUCAUUGUGUUUAAAUACCUUUUUUUUCUUUUCUCAGAAAUGCAUCUUGAGUGUGCUGGCAAUUAUCCCCCUUACUUAUUACAUUGGCAUGGCCAUCACCAGGUUUGUUUAUGCUAAUUCUAAAUAAUUUUUUUGUUAUAUUUUAUCCAUAAAUCAUUGUUAUGUAUCUCAUUAUUAUUUGUAUUUUUAAAAAUUCCUUAUUUUGUUUUGUAACAUUUUUCAUUUAAAAUUACUUAAAUGUUGCACUAAAACAAGUGCAUAUUGCCCCUAGCAAGUUAGAAUUUCAUUUUCAUUAAAAAAUAAAUAAAAGUUUCAUAAUUGUAAAAAUCUACUCUCUUUAACAGAAUAGUUUCAUGAAUAUUCUCUCACUUUUUAAUCAUGAAGCUAUUGUCUAAGAAUUAAAUUAGGUUUUUAAAUUUAUUUUUUACCGCUUAGUAUUUCAGCUCAGAGCAGUUUUGCUGUUGGCGCUAUCCUCAAUGCAACAUUUGGCUCAAUGGUGGAAGUCAUUCUCUUCAUUAUUAUGUUAAAGAAAGGCAAAGAUUCUGACCAGGAGUGCUACCAGGAGCUGGUGAAAUCUUCCCUUACAGGUUUGUCAUGAUGGUGCUCUUAGAGUCAGGCAUUUGCUUCGUUAUUGGGUCAGUGAAACAGGAUUGUUGUGAUGGUACUGUUAGAUUCAGGUGUUUGCUUGGUCAGUGGAAAUUCAAGAAAUGAUGACAAGGCAAAAGGCACUGAACUAUGACCACUUUUGAGUUGUCAACUUUUAAUUAUUUUACAAACUGGAAACAAAUAAGGAAAAGGGGCACAAGGAUUGCCUGAUUAUUUCCCCUGCCAAUGCCAACCCUCUUUUUCAUAGAAUCAUCAUAAUACUUAGGUGGCAUAUCAUAUGAUAAAGGAGUCUAAGAUUUUCAUGUGUGCACCCCCCACUAAAAAAUAUUUAUUUUUGAAAACAAAUAGUUACAAGUACCGUUUAAAUACAACAGGGGCUAAUUGUGGCACAACUUGUGCACUUAUUGAAACCUCCCAAAAUUUCCAUGGCAAAUAUUACAUAAUGUUUUUCAAUGUUUUACAUCUACAUUUGAGAUUUUAUUCUCUGUUAUGCAAGAUUAUAAGAUAAAUUCUGGGAAGAUGAUGAACAUGAUUCAACUUACGUUAAAUUUUGGUUUGUAUUUAUGUGUUAUUGGUUUGUAAAAAAAAAAAAAGCCAAAUAUCAUUGCUUAAAUUAACUGACAACUCUUAUUUUACAUUUACAUUUGAGAUUUUAUUUUUUGUUAUGCAAGAUUAUAAGAUAAAUUUUGGGAAGAUGAUGAAAAUGAUUCAACUUACGUUAAAUUUUGGUUUGUAUUUAUGUGUUAUUGGUUUGUAAAAAAAAAAAAAAAAAAAGCCAAAUAUCAUUGCUUAAAUUAACUGACAACUCUUUUCAGGUGCCAUUCUCUGCAGCAUCCUGUUUAUACCUGUAAGUAAAAUUUAGUUAGCAGGUAUCUUUAUUGAUUUUUACUGAUCCAAUCAUGGUUUAUGUAUUUUAAGAAUUGUAAAUUCAAAGCUACUUGCUAUCUUGUAAAUUGCUACAUGUUGAUGUAAAUUGUUUCCUUUUUACAAGUGAAAGAAAUUUAAUGUUUUGGCUAUUUUUAGAAUGUUAAGGCCCUUAUUAUUUAUAGUUAUGGCAUUAUGAAGCUUGAGAAUAGUUUGUAUUCAUGAAACAUAUAUUGGUAUGAGUUCCAAUAAACUAGUUUAUAUAAGGAGAAAACUCUUGCCCUCCCCUCUCUAAAAGAGUAAAAUUUAAGAACUACUGAUCUAUAACUAGUCUCUAGUCCAGGGGUCGGAAACCUAAGGCUCGCAAGCCAGAUGUGGCUCUAUUGAUGGCUGCAUCUGGCUCGCAGACAAAUGUUGGAUUAUUAAAAAAAAAGUCGCAUUAAUGGUAAGAAAUACUCAUUAUUGAUUAGCAACAACAUAACAAUGUCAUUAAAAAGAUUUCAGAGACAUAUUUAUUGCAUUUCUAGUGUUGAAAAUUACACAAAAUGCACACAUUUACUUGAAUUUUUAGUUAUAAACAUAAUAUAUGGCUCUCACAGAAUUACUUUUCAAAAUAUGUGGUUUCCAUGACUCUCUCAGACAAAAAGGUUCCCGACCCCUGCUCUAGUCCAUAAAACUCAUGGAUUUGCUCUAUGUUUUGAAAUCACCAAUCGAUCAUUUCACAGGGCAUUUCUAUGGUAACAGGUGGAUUGAAAUUCAGAAACCAAAAGUUCAAUCCCAAGUCAGCCAACAUUAGUGCUUCUCUUUUGUUUGUGGCCGUAGUUGGUAAGUUUAAAUACAUGUUCAUCCGGCUUAACAUAGUUAAUAAAUAAUUUCAGUAUUACCAUUUUAAUGUUUUCAUUUUGCAAAAAAAAUAUUUAAGUUAAUCAUUAUUCAUAAAAUAUCUAUAUAAAUAAUUCGCCAGCAAAAGUAAAAAACCAACACGUUUCAAACACCACGCAGGCUAUUUAUAGAUAGGCCAGAGUGUGGUUCAAUAAUGAGUUCAGUAGCGUGCAAAAUAAAAUUCCCUAUAACUACACGGAAAUGACAUCGUCUCAAUUUAAGUAUUGUGUAAAAAACAUUCAGUUUAAAAGUGGUUGGGACAUGAGAAUAUUUAUAUAUGUCAUGGGCAUGAAAUAAAAAGUGUGCAGUGACGUAUCAUGGGGGGAAGGGAUGUAGCAAAUAUUGCGAUCCUUAAAUGUGCGUUACUUGAGUUCAUGUUUUGUCAAGUAACUUUACUAGAUGGGAAGUUCACGCAUUGCCGUCUCCAAUGUUUGGAGGGCUAUAUCUAGUAUAAUUGAUAAUUUCAAAGGAAAAAACAUUUUAUUUAGCAUGGGUGUUUCCAAUAAUAUUAAUUGGCUGUGAAGAGCCCCUUGUUAAAUAAAUAUCAUAUGUAACUGUGAUCUCAUAAUCCAAUAGAUGCCUAAAAUCAAAACAUAAUUUUCCAGGUGUGUUCGCACCAACUAUCUUCUCAAAAGUUUUUGGCAGCCUGCGCUGUAUGGGAUGUGAACGUAUAUACGAUCAAUUCAUUACAGAGAGAGCUGAUGUGGCUGCCCCAACUGUACUCAAUGAUUCAGCUGGUUUCCUUUGCCAGCAGUGUGAGCAGUCGUUGGUAGGUUGAUCUGAUAGGUUUUAUGUGAGCUCUUUAGUAGGUUCAACUAAGUGGUUUAAUGAGAACUCUUUGCUAGGUUUAACUGAAAACUUUUAUGGGGGAGUCUUUGCCUACUUCUACUGAAAUUUUACUACAUUUAUCAUAUCAGAUACUUGUUUUAAAAUACUGUGCUCAUGACUUUCAUCUCAGUAUGUUGUAAAACAUAUUCAUACUGAAUAUUUUUGUAUGUGGAGUUUUAUCAAUCAAAAAACUACAUCUAUGAAGUGUAAAAAUGAUUUAAAAAAAUAAAAACCUGCUAAUUAUUUUUUAUUCGUUAUUUGUUAUGUACGGUACCGAAAGUCAUCCAAACGGUAUUGAAGAAAAAAAAAUCUAAAGCACAGGUUUAACUUUUACAACAGAAAUUAAUAGUAAUUUAUAUUCCCUAGAUGGGCCUUCACGGUGACAGAAGUCUUUACACAAAACACAUUGAACCUCUUGUUUAUGCCAUCUCCAUUAUUUUGCCAAUUUCCUACAUCAUUGGCUUGGUAUUCACCAUGAAGACACAUUCAGAGUUUAUUUUUGAGGAGUUUGAGAGAGAAAUGAAGGAGGAGAUCUCUAUCAAUGGUAAGUUACACUUUUUAGAUCUAUGCUAUUCUUCGCUACUAGUAUUUUUUUAUUUACACUUCAUUUGAAGUUUGGUAAUACCAGUGGUAUGCUCACAUUGUUUUAACCCUUUCUGUCGCAACUGGAUGUAAUACACCCAGAGACAGACUGUGAUUGCUGAUACCUUGAGUCACCUUUCAAUAAUCUUUCUCAUACACCACCUAAUCCACAAGGUUAGUUGGAAUGAACGCCUUGGUUGAUGCAAUUGUAUAAUGCAGUCGUUCUCAACCUGUGGGUCCUGCCCCCUUUGGGGGUUCGCGCAACUCUUUCCCAGGGGUUUCCUUAGACCAUCUGAAAACACAUAUCCUUACAGUUAUGAAGUAGCAACGAAAAUAAUUGUGUGGCUUGGGGUCGCCACGACACGAGAAACUGUAUUAAACGAUCACGUCACUAGGAAGGUUGAGAACCACUUGUAUAAAGCAUGUGAAAGUGACUUAUUUUUGGGGGCCUAAUCUUUUUUUCUACUGUCCCUAUCAACUGGUUGUAACACACCCGUGCAUAAUUUAAUAAAAGAAAAAAAAAAGUAAACUGGCUUGUAAACAUGUUGUUGUUUGUUAAUUACCGGGCAUUUGAGUCUGUGUAAUCCAUAAAAUAGAUUUUAAAUUUUUACAAUAAAUAAAUAUUCUGAAUGCAUGUGGGUACUGUACCAACAAUAAUAACACGUAUUCAACUUGACAAACCAUUUCAAAGCAGAACAGUCAUAAGGACACAUGGAAAUUAGGAGCUUUGCAGCUGAACUUGCACAGUUUUUACAGAAUGUUUUUUGCAAAUAUGUCUAAAAAACUAGCCAAGUUGAAGUGGUUUGGGCAGCUGUUUGAAGUGUUGGUAAAGAUUUCAAAACACUGGUGGUAUUCUGCCUCACAAUAUCUUGAUGCAUCGGGACGGAUCAUCUCUUAUUGCGGAAGGGUGAGGAAAUGUGCAACGUCAAUAUUGACUGUCUUUUGUCUUCAUGAGACAGUGAGUUAGUCUGUUAUUUAUAUUUAAAUGCCACUCUUGCUGCAAGUGACGCUAAGUCAACAAUGUUGAAAAAAACAACUAAAGGCUAUCUUUUACUUUUAGUUUUUUGUAUCCACAGAGAACACCUUCGCCAUUUGGUCUAUUGGCCAAUAUGCCGCCUUUGAUUUUGUUGUUACAGAGCACAAUCUCUGGUUUCUUGCAUUCAGUUUCAUUUUCUAUUUCUGGACGACUGUGUAUUGUGUUCAUGGGCAAUACAUUUUUCUGCUUCGAGCUCUGGUAUUUGACAAGGUUGUUUAUAGUCUGAACAAAAACACUUAUUUGUUUAGGGCCAGAGCCUUCUUUUGCUUAAACCCCUUGGGUAGGAACAUCUUAUUCCAUUUCACUGUUCCAAAAUAUGGUGAGUCUGUUCUUGGCCAUUUAUUCUACAAGUUGUAGGGGAAUGAAAUUGCGACCAUGUCCGUGGAAGUCCCUUGUGAGAGAAAUCACAGUCUCUGGGGAUAUUUUAACAUUUCUCUUUUCUGGCAGGGCACUUGCAUUUUCUUUGCCGAGAUAUGGGUAGCCUCUCAGAGAAUAGUUUGAAGUCGAUUCGCAGGCCCAGAAGAUUGUUAUUCCAUAUAUGUCGAGCUUGCUUAGCAUAUAUUGAAGAAAUCUGCACUGACCUCUGAAACCAACCAGUUGCUCACCUGCUGUGAUGUUUUCUCUAGGAGCAGAAUACCUCGCUAAAUUACUCAAGGAAUGCUUCUCGUACAACUCUUAAUAUGGGAUCAAUGAUGUCACAAGCAGAAAGGAUUGAUCUAGUAUCCUUGUCAAAGUAAAUAUCAAUCAGAAGUUUGCUGAAUGUCUUCAUUGAAAAUGCUGCCCUAAAAAGAGGAUUUCCAUCAACAGGGCUAAUAAAAAUUCCACUGAAAUGCUGUUCAAGUGAAACCCAUUGUUAUGAAACAGAGCAAAAAUACUAUUUAAACAAUUUUUUUUUAUUAUUCAGAAUUAGACUUUAACUCUGCUAUUGAUGAUGUCAUCAGUUUGUGUUUAGAAGAUAGUCCUUAGGAGUCAGAGAACAGUUAUCCAGGGUCAGAUAAAAUAUUAAUGUAACCUGCAUGUAUUUUGCUGAUGGAAUCAAUUUUAAUUCACAUUGAAUCACUUACACUUACAUGACUUUACUGUAGAUACCAGUACCGGUACAUACCUUGAUAAAUAUUUUUUUUUGGUACAUAACUUGAUCAGGAUUCUGUCAUUUGCAGGCCAGCAUGGUGAUGCCCAAUGGUCAAGGCUGAAAAGCACCAUCAUACUUCUGCUCUGUGCUGUGGCCAUAGCCCUCUGUGCUGAACUAAUUUCUGAGAACAUCCAGCCUUUACUAGAGUCAUCGGGAAUAUCAGAGGUGGGUAUAAUGUAUUUCUUCUUAUUUAUUGUCAGAGAAAAUGACAAGUAACAGAACAAUUAAUGCAUUAUUUAUUCACCCCAAUGUCUGGGAUUAAUAAAGAUCUUAUCUUUUCUAUUUAUUGUUCAAACAGUUGCAAGCUGCCCCAAAAAUACAUCCAUGGGCAAUUUUAGAAAGAAAAAUACAAAAUCUGGCUUCUUUAGUUCAUGUUUCUAAAGAAAGAAAAAUACAAAAUCUGGCUUCUUUAGUUCAUGUUUCUAUUGACAAUAUUAUAAUACCGGUACUAUGUUUUUGUUGUCACAUUUUUAUUAUCAUAUAUUUCUUUUGACAGUAUUUCAUUGGGGUGACUAUGUUAUCACUUGUAGCUGAGUUGCCGGAGGUUGUCAAUGGAGUCCAAUUCGCUUUGCAAAAUAAUGUCAAUCUUGGGUACUCAAUUUUAAAUUAAUAAAUUUAAAUUGUUUAUCCAUUUUAUUAUAUUAUUUAUACAAUAUCUUUCUUUCUCAAUUAUUAUUCAUAAUAAAUAGUUUCAUACAUCUUUUAGAAAUAAAUUUUAUCUAAUUUUUUUAAAAAUUGUUUUUCCUUUCGGAAAUAUUUUUUUCUUCUAAAGUUAGAAUACCCAAUAUGAAUGUAUAAAAUGGCCGUUUGCUAAUAAAUCAACAAAAGAAAAGAAAAAUUGUUUUUAUAAUAAGGAACUGAUCUAUUUAUGUUAAUCAUGUUUUACUAUAUCGUUACAGAAAGAUGAGAUUAAUUUUUUAAAGUAUUUCCUACCCAAUGUAUCAUUCAGAAUUGAAAUUGGCUGUUCUACCGCCAUACAAGUGUGUUUGGUCCAGAUUCCUCUUUUGGUCUUGGUGAAUCUCAUUUAUGUAAGUAAAACGAUAACACAGGCUUAAAGUAAGUGGUGUGCAAUAAUAAAUAGGCACCAAUAGUGUAAAAAACCUGGCUUUGGUACAAAUCUAUUUUCAAGUGGAAGACAUACUUUUUUUUUUCUGGUUCUGGUAGGGUAUGCUGCUGAUUCCAUGUAAUGGUUGGGGAAGUGAUGUAAUGGCUGGGUUAGGGCUAGGGUUAGGCUUAUUUGAUAAAACCUAUAAAUCAACAAGCAAGGUGUGCUUGCCCUCCUCAAAACCAUUAACCCCUACAAAGCAUGUGGUCCUGACAACAUCAAACCACGAGUGCUCAAAGAAUUAGCCAAAGAAAUCGCUCCUGCACUGAGAAUCUUCUUCCAAUCUACAAGAAAAUGGAGCAUUCCGACCCUGCCAUCUAUCGUCCAAUAUCCCUCACCAGCGUGGUAUGCAAACUGUUGGAGCCCAUAAUCAUAAGCGCAGUCAUGAAGCAUCUUGAAAGCCAAAAUAUACUCAAUGACUGUCAACAUGGCUUCCGAGUCGAUAGAUCAUGUGAGACCCAUUGAAUUUGUAGAAGAUUUGAUGACUAAUUUGGAGAACAACAAGCAAACUGAAGUGCUGGUGAUGGACUUCUCAAAGGCAUUUGACCGUGUCAAUCAUAGUUUGCUUCUACAAAAACUUCAGAGAUAUGGGAUCCAAGGCACCACUAAAGCAUGGAUCUGUAGCUUCCUCAGCAACCGAUGCCAAACAGUAUUGGUGGAUGAUACAAGCUCCUCCUUUGUCGGUGUUAAGUCAGGGGUCCCCAAGGGAUCAGUGCCAGGCUCCUGUUGGUUCCAAGUCCUAGCAUACAUUAAUGACCUUCCUGAGAAACUGACAUCCCAAGCAAGACUGUUCGCAGAUGACACCGCGGUGUAUAGGACGAUCACCAACAGAUCUGACCAGGACCAGCUACAACAGGAUCUCAAUCAGUUAGCUGAGUAGAAGAUGAGCUGGGACAUGGAAUUUUACCCUGCCAAGUGCCAGACACUGUCAGUCUCUAGAAGUUGUACUCCUCUACACCACGCUUACGAACUGCAUGGCCAUAUACUUGAGCCAGUUUCCUCCAUAAAGUACCUGGUUGUUACCAUUCAAAGAGAGGUCAGCUGGGAUGAGCAUAUUAACAAUGUGUGCAACCAGGCAAACAAGACCCUGGGGUUCUUAAGGCGUAAUCUAAAGAUCCGCAACUGAAAGAAAGAACCUAUAAAGUCUUUGCCCGUCCGCUUUUAUAUUAUGCAUCUUCAGUCUGGGACCCAUUUAACCGGAAGAGCAUCGACAGGUUGGAGGCCGUCCAGCGACGGGCAGCACGCUUUGUCCUGGACUGCUACAGGAAUACCUCUAGUGUUGGCAGCGUGCUGGAAACACAGACUGGUCUUUAGUGGAGGAACGCUGACGACUAUCCAGGCUCUCCAUUAUGUACAAAGUAAAUAAUGGGCUGGUCCACUGAUCCAGCAUUAAACAGCAACUCGUCCCUCUCCCUGAUAGACAGCGACAAGGCCAUGACAGGAAGUUCUGGCGCAUACCAGCAAGAACCCAGUAGAGGAACAGCUUAUUCCUGCCAAAAACAAUCAAGGACUGGAACAAGCUUCCAAAAGGAACAGUUGAGGCGACAACACUUGACACAUUAGCGUCUAUUGCCUCAAGCCUUCCAACCCCCCCCCCCCCCCCGUGCAUGAUACCCUCACUGAGUAGCCCUUGUAACCAGUGAAGUAUCCUCAUCAACACCAGACACAGAAACAUUGCAAAUCCCCUCUACAUGCAUAGGAGCCAAAAGAUCCAUAAAUUGAUCAUGGGCCCUUAAUAUAAUAAUAAGAGGUCUUAUAUAGCGCGGUACCCCAGCCUAGGGCUGGGCUCACCGCGCUGUAUAUAAAAAAUUUAUCAAAAGAGACAUAAUCAUGACAUUAAAAUAAAAUACAUUUAUGAAAUAAAGUACAGCAAUGUAUAUUCACCCACCCCACCACAUAACUUUUACAAGGCAAACCAUGGACGGCAACCAGCAAGAUCAUUUAUCGGUCAGAGGAGGGGAAUCAGUCAGGGUAGUAUAAUUUAAAUAGAUAUGUUUUUAGUGCAGAAAUAUAUAGAAGAAGAAUUAAUAGAAAAAGAAUUUAACAGUUGACCAUUGUCCAUCAUUGUUAUGAUACAAUGUAAAAUAGUCUUUGUGUCUAAUUUGACAUUUCUUUCAUUUCUAGCCCAUGGGAUUUUAUGUUGUGUUUAAUGACAUCCAUCUUUGGGCGGUCAUUUUUUCUGUGGUCAUCAUCAACUACAUUUUUCAAGAUGGAAAAAGUGAUUACUUCCAAGGUAAUAAUAGUAACCAGAAUUACAUCUUUAAGGUGAAUAAUUGA